AUGUCAACUCUUCAACAACAUAGAAUGAACUCAGAGCCAGUGUCUGGUACACUUCCAACUCUUAAAGAGGGCCUGGAUCAAGUGUCAUUGGAUGACAUUGAUAUCACUUCUGCUAAACCAUUGAAAAAAAUCAACAAGAGUCCCUCUCAAGUAUUUGCCAAUAAUUUUAAUGCUUCUACAUCUCCAAAUAACGUGAAAGGUUUAGGAAUCAAUCUUCCUAGAAGACCAAGUGACUCCAUGUUCAAAACACUCAGUAAAUGCAAUAAUUCUAAUGGGUCAAGCUCGAAAAUUUCGGUCCUUGAGAGACCUGUGUCUAAUGAUUCAAUUACAAGUUCCAGUGUUUCUGAGUACAGUGAAGGAAUGAAUUCAAGAAACUCUUCAAUAACGAGUGUUUCCAUGGCGAACUCACCAAUCAUGCAACAGCAUAAUAAUGGUUCAAAUACAUCUUUCCAUGAAUCAAAAUAUCAACUUCAUCAUUCAUCUAUUCCAUCCAGUGCUAAUUCAUCUAGAUUUGCACAAAACGAAUCUCAAAUAAGUGUCAAUAAACUAAGAGGAGAAAGCGUUUCAACUCCAAAAUUGAACAAAUUCCCAUCAUAUUCAAGUUUUGGAAGUAUUCCUUCUACACCCAUGAGUAGUACAUCUACAAACAUGUCAAAUUCUACAGUGAAUACUUUGACUCCAUCACAAAAAUAUAGAUUAAGAAGACAAAAUUCCAAAAGUUCUGCAAAAGCAAAUCUUCGUCAAAGGGAAAAAUACUUUGAUGAAAUCAAUUCAGAUGAAGAAAUUAUUGAAGAUGGAUUGAUUUGGAACGUUCCAUUUACUAAAGGUUCAGCCACUAUUUUUUCACCAACAUCUGGGAAAUCUUCUAAAAUGCUCAAGAAUGUUAUAACCCAAUCACCUGCUCAAAUGCCAUUAUCCCCAUUGCCUGGUACUUUAUCAGCUCCUUCAACACCAACUGCGUCAAGAGGUUCACCACCAAAAGGUGGCUAUUUUUAUAAGAAUCCAGAUGAAGCUGCUAGUUUGUCAAGGUUUUACCAAGCAUCAAGUGAUAAUUUUGUUGCUCAAGAAUUAUCAAAUCGUGAAUCAAAUGGAAUUAAUCUACCAAGUUCCAUUAAGGAAGCAUCUGAGUUGGGACUAGAAGAUAUGAAAUUUAUUUCUAAGGAGAAAGCUGACUCUUUUAGUGCUACAAGACCAAUUUGGUUGCCUCCUAAAUCCAAAGAUGAAUCUAAAAAACAUGAACGUGAUAUCUCCAAGAUGAUUGAAAAAGCUGCAAAAGUUGAUAAAAAGAAGCAAGAAUAUAUGAGCACAAUGAAGUCAAUUCAAGAAAAAAAUAUACAAAGAUGGAUUGAAUUACAAGAUCGCGGUGUGCUUAGAAACUCAAGUCAAUAUGAAAUGAAAAAAUUGUGUUUUAAAACUUCGAUUCCAGAAAAUUUAAGAUCAAAUAUUUGGUUAACAAUUUUACAAGAGAGAUCAAAAGAUUCAGAUUAUGAAAAGUUUGAAGAAUUGAAUUCAAAAUUAUCCUCAAUCCCAUCAUUUCCUAAAUCAAAAGAAUAUGAAAUUGAGAAAAUUGUGGAAACUAUAUUACCAAAUUUAUCAAAAUUUCAAAAAAAUCAAGAAUUGAACAAAUCUUUAACAAAAUUGAUCAAACUUAAGAGUAUUUCUACAAGAGGGUUGGAGUAUGGUGAUGAGUUGUUAUUUGCCAUUUCAUUGUUAAACUUUAGUGAACAAGUUUCUUAUGACGUCACAAAUAUGAUUAAAUUUAGUGUUUUGAAUGAACAUACACUCAAUAAAUUCAACAACAAUUUAUCAAAAAAUGCAGUAUUAAAGAAAUAUCUAAAGAAUAAAGAUUAUAAGGAUGAUUAUGAAUUUUUGAAUUCAAAUUUGGUUUUUGAUAUUUUACAAAAUUUCCAAAUUGAAACAGUUUAUCAUUUAUUAGAUAUCAUUAUAAUCAUUUCUGAUUACAAAAUUUUAUAUUCAAUCUUUUUGACAAUUUUAAGGGAUCAUCAUUUCGGAUUUGUUUCUUUGAAAGAAUUGGCUACUGAUAAUUCUGGACAUGAAAUUAUUAUUAAUGAUGAGUAUCAAUUCUUUGAGAGGUUACAUCAUUUUUAUAAAAAAUUUUAA